UGACAAUAGGGCCGCGCGUCGUUCACGUUUCAUCGUAUAUUUAGGGAGUCUGUGAGUGUUUGUCAGAUUGUGUGCGCGUGUGUGUGAGUCAAUCACACAACCACACCAACAACCCCCAGACGGUGUAUCUACAAUAGCAACAAAACUAAGAACAAUAAUACCGAAGCGACGAACACAAAUAGCAAUCAAGCGAAACCGGUUCCGGUGCUACGCGUUCGUUUGUUGAAUUGUGUGCGUGUGCGCGACACAAAUAUACAUACACACAAAUAUAAAUUGUGGUGUUUAAUUUGCUAUAAAAGCAACAUAAAUGUGCCAGUGUUGAAAAUCGAAGAAAAAAUACCGACAAACAAGUGUUAAAUUAGUGUUCACACACUAAAGUCUGUGCGCAAUAUUGAAACAUAUUGUGGAUUAACAUUUGGAUAAAAAAUAUUACAACAAAACAACAACAACAACAACUAAGCGUACAAACAACGACGCCAACGUACAGCUACAAAAGCAUCAGCGAAAGCCGUAAAAUGUUGCCGCCACCGCGUUUAAACGCCAUGAAAUGGUUAACCCUGCUCGCAGCCAUCGCUGCCUUCUGUACCACGCUCGCUUAUGCGGCGACCCAACCCGAUGCCGACCAGAAAGGACCUGUUUUCCUCAACGAACCCACCAAUCGUAUUGAUUUCUCCAACUCGACCGGCGCCGAAAUUGAAUGCAAAGCUAGCGGUAAUCCUAUGCCUGAGAUUAUCUGGAUUCGUAGUGAUGGUACUGCUGUUGGUGAUGUACCCGGAUUGCGUCAGAUUUCAUCCGAUGGCAAAUUGGUCUUCCCACCUUUCCGCGCUGAAGAUUACCGACAGGAAGUGCACGCUCAGGUCUACGCUUGCUUGGCGCGUAAUCAAUUUGGCACAAUUAUUUCACGCGAUGUUCAUGUACGCGCGGUCGUUCCGCAAUCCUAUACGGUAAAUGUCAUGGAUGAGGCUGUGUUGCGUGGCAACAGCGCCAUACUCAAAUGUCAUAUACCCAGUUUUGUGGCGGAUUUCAUAUCAGUCGCUUCAUGGGUGGAAGAUGAAGAACGCGAAAUUUUCACCACUAACGAUGGCGUCGGGCACUUUGAUAGCGAUGGUAAAUAUUUGGUUUUGCCCUCUGGUGAACUGCAUAUUCGCGAAGUGGGACCCGAAGAUGGUUACAAAAGCUAUCAGUGUCGCACCAAGCAUCGUCUAACUGGUGAAACACGAUUGAGCGCGACGAAGGGACGCUUGGUGAUCACAGAACCCCUCGGCAGUGUUGCACCAAAAGUUAGCAUAGCCGCACAACUACAAAAUGCCGGUGUUAAAAGUCAUUCAAGCGUUGCGCUCUUUUGUCCAGCACAAUCAUUUCCGGUACCAGCUUACAGAUGGUAUAAGUUCAUUGAAGGCACGACCCGCAAACAAGCCGUUAUAUUAAAUGAGCGCGUGAAACAAGUUUCUGGCACAUUGAUUAUUAAGGAUGCUGUGGUCGAAGAUUCUGGCAAAUAUUUGUGUGUUGUCAAUAACUCAGUUGGCGGUGAGAGUGUAGAAACUGUGCUCACUGUGACCGCACCACUUUCAGCGAAAAUCGAUCCACCCACACAAACUAUUGAUUUCGGCCGCCCAGCUGUAUUCACCUGCCAAUAUAGUGGUAACCCAAUUAAGACUAUCAGCUGGUUGAAGGAUGGCAAAUCGAUUGGACACAGUGAUCAGGUAUUACGCAUCGAAUCAGUGAAGAAGGAAGAUAAGGGCAUGUAUCAGUGUUUCGUGCGCAACGAUCAAGAAUCUGCGGAAGCGAGUGCUGAAUUGAAAUUAGGCGGCCGUUUCGAUCCACCAGUUAUACGACAAGCAUUCCAAGAAGAGACAAUGGAACCUGGGCCAAGCGUCUUCCUCAAGUGUGUUGCUGGCGGUAAUCCAACACCUGAAAUCUCAUGGGAACUCGAUGGCAAGAAAAUCGCAAAUAUUGAUCGUUAUCAAGUGGGCCAAUAUGUGACAGUAAAUGGUGAUGUGGUCUCCUAUUUGAAUAUCACAUCUGUGCAUGCGAACGACGGCGGUCUCUACAAGUGUAUAGCGAAGAGCAAAGUUGGCGUGGCUGAACACUCGGCAAAAUUAAAUGUCUACGGUUUACCCUACAUUCGUCAGAUGGAAAAGAAAGCUAUUGUAGCGGGCGAGACUUUAAUUGUAACCUGUCCCGUAGCAGGCUAUCCAAUUGAUUCGAUCGUUUGGGAACGUGACAAUCGCGCUUUACCCAUCAACCGCAAACAGAAAGUCUUCCCCAAUGGCACUUUGAUAAUUGAGAAUGUGGAACGUAACUCCGAUCAAGCGACUUACACUUGUGUAGCUAAGAAUGUCGAAGGUUAUUCAGCGCGCGGCUCAUUAGAAGUACAAGUUAUGGUCCUUCCACAAAUCACACCCUUCAGUUACGACGACAUAAUCAACACAGGCGACUCCAUCGAUUUGCUCUGUCAAAUACAGAAAGGAGAUCGUCCAAUCAAAAUCAACUGGAGCUUUGAACGCGCCGCUGGUGACGCGCGAUACGACACACUCCAACCGAUAAUGCGUACAAAUCGCUUUAGUAUCAAAUCGAGUGUGUUAUCGAUACCGCGUGCCACACCAGCACACACUGGCACCUACACUUGUACGGCCAGUAAUGCGGCUGGCUCAACGACGUACAGCACAAAUAUUACCGUGAAUGUACCACCAAGAUGGAUACUCGAACCCACCGACAAGGCUUUCGCACAAGGCUCCGACGCUAAAGUUGAAUGCAAAGCUGACGGCUUUCCUAAACCACAAGUGACAUGGAAGAAAGCUGUUGGUGAUACACCCGGUGAAUAUAAGGACUUGAAGAAGAACGAUAAUAUACGCGUAGAAGAAGGCACACUACAUAUUGACAACAUCCAGAAGACAAAUGAAGGUUAUUAUCUCUGCGAGGCUAUUAAUGGUAUUGGCUCUGGACUUUCGGCCGUCAUUAUGAUUAGCGUACAGGCACCACCAGAAUUUACCGAGAAAUUGCGCAAUCAAACUGCACGUCGUGGCGAACCAGCGGUCUUGCAAUGCGAAGCUAAAGGCGAAAAACCCAUUGGCAUCUUAUGGAACAUGAAUAAUGUGCGUUUGGACCCCAAGAAUGAUAACCGUUAUACAAUUCGUGAGGAAAUACUCUCCACCGGUGUGAUGUCUAGCUUGUCAAUUAAACGUACCGAACGCUCAGAUUCUGCACUCUUUACUUGCUUGGCCACUAAUGCAUUUGGCUCAGAUGAUGCUAGCAUUAAUAUGAUUAUACAGGAAGUACCCGAGAUGCCUUACGCUUUGAAGGUUUUAGACAAAUCUGGCCGCUCCGUACAAUUGAGCUGGGCGCAACCCUACGAUGGCAAUUCACCACUUAUCCGUUAUAUUAUUGAAUUCAAACGCUCACGCGCAUCUUGGGACGAAGUAGAUCGUGUUAUGGUACCCGGACAUACAACUGAAGCGCAAGUACAGAAACUAAGUCCCGCAACAACCUACAAUAUACGCAUCGUGGCCGAAAAUGCUAUUGGUACAUCGCAAUCAUCGGAAGCUGUGACAAUCAUUACCGCCGAGGAGGCACCAUCUGGCAAGCCACAAAAUAUUAAAGUUGAACCAGUGAAUCAGACCACACUGCGCGUUACCUGGAAACCACCAGCACGAUCUGAAUGGAAUGGUGAAAUUUUGGGUUAUUAUGUUGGCUAUAAACUAUCGAACACCAAUUCUUCAUACGUUUUCGAGACUGUUAACUUUUUGACUGAAGAAGGCAAAGAACAUAGCUUGGAAUUGAACAACUUGCGCGUUUAUACCCAGUACUCUGUCGUGAUACAAGCUUUCAAUAAGAUCGGCGCUGGUCCCUUGAGCGAUGAGGAGAAACAAUUUACUGCUGAGGGCACACCAAGUCAACCACCAAGCGACACUGCCUGCACCACAUUGACCUCGCAAACAAUACGCGUCAGCUGGGUGAGCCCACCACUCGAAUCGGCCAAUGGUGUGAUCAAGACCUACAAGGUGGUAUAUGCGCCUAGCGAUGAGUGGUAUGAUGACACCAAACGUCACUACAAGAAGACUGCUUCCUCCGACACCGUUUUACAUGGCCUCAAGAAAUUCACCAACUACACAAUGCAAGUGCUCGCCACCACCGCUGGCGGCGAUGGCGUACGCAGCGCACCCAUCCACUGUCAAACCGAACCUGAUGUUCCCGAAGCACCCACCGAUGUAAAGGCUUUGGUUAAAGGCCACGCUGCCAUACUCGUCUCAUGGCGUCCACCAGCACAACCCAAUGGCAUCAUACAACAAUACACUGUCUACUCGAAAGUUGAAGGCGCCGAGGGUGAACCCAAGAGCCAGAAAAUACCACAACAUCAAAUGAGUUUUGAAGCAGUCGAUUUGGAAAAGAAUAAGCCAUACGAAUUCUGGGUCACCGCUAGUACCAACAUUGGCGAAGGACAACAAUCUAAGAGCAUUGUAGCGAUGCCCAGCGACCAAGUGCCCGCUAAGAUCGCCUCAUUCGAUGAUACUUUUACUGCAACAUUCAAGGAAGACGCCAAAAUGCCAUGCUUAGCUGUUGGUUCACCACAACCCGAGAUCACAUGGAAGGUUAAAGGUGUUGAAUUUACCAGCAACGAUCGUAUGCGCGUCAUGGCUGAUGGCACAUUGUUAAUUAAAACGGUUAAUCGUCAAGAUGCCGGUGAAUAUUCGUGUCAUGCUGAAAACUCGAUUGCCAAGGAUUCCAUUACACAUAAGUUAAUUGUGCUCGCGCCACCACAAUCACCUCAGGUAUCACUUUCGGCCACCACAACCGAUUCGUUGACUGUCAAAGUGAAGCCACAUGAGGGAGACACCGCGCCACUACAUGGUUACACACUGCACUACAAGCCAGAAUUCGGCGAAUGGGAAACUGCUGAGGUCUCUGUGGACGCACAAAAAUUCACUAUCGAAAAUCUGCUUUGCGGCUCACGCUAUCAAGUCUAUGCUACCGGUUUCAAUAACAUCGGCGCUGGCGAAGCUUCGGACAUUCUGAACACGCGCACCAAAGGCUAUAAACCCAAACUGCCAGAGAAACAACGUUUCAUUGAGGUUUCAUCGAACUCGGUUUCACUGCACUUCAAGGCCUGGAAAGAUGGCGGCUGCCCCAUGUCUCACUUUGUUGUAGAAAACAAAAAGCGCGAACAUGCUGAAUGGAAUCAAAUUUCGAAUAAUGUCAAACCCGAUAAUAACUACGUUGUGUUGGAUCUAGAGCCCGCCACCUGGUACAAUCUCCGUAUUACCGCACAUAAUUCUGCCGGUUUCACGGUUGCCGAAUAUGAUUUUGCCACUUUGACGGUGACUGGAGGCACCAUUGCACCACUUGACGAUGGUCGCGGUGCAGGCAAUCUGAAUACGCGUAUACGCCUGCCCGCCUGGAUGCCCGAAUGGCUGGACUUGAAUUUUAUGGUGCCUUUAAUAGCCACAGUCAUUGUGGUAGCGGUUGGUAUACUUGUUGUAUGUGUAGCGCUUUCCAGACGCCGUGCUGAUGACUUGCGUGGAGGACAAAAGGAUGUGUACUACGAUGUAGUUUACAAUCAGACCAUGGGACCUGGCGCCACAUUGGACAAACGACGACCCGAUUUGCGUGACGAGCUCGGCUAUAUUGCACCACCCAAUCGCAAGCUGCCACCAGUGCCCGGCUCCAAUUACAACACCUGCGACCGGAUUAAGCGAGCACGUGGCAUACGCUCAAAUCACUCUACCUGGGAUCCACGCCGUACUAACUUGUAUGAGGAAUUGAAGGCCCCACCAGUGCCAUUGCACGGUAAUCAUUAUGGUCCCGAAGAUGUACAGUGUCAUUAUAGACAUCCAGGCAUGGAAGAUGAGAUCUGCCCCUAUGCGACCUUCCACUUGCUCGGCUUCCGUGAAGAAAUGGACCCCACCAAGGCUAUGAAUUUCCAAACCUUCCCUCAUCAAAAUGGACAUGCACCUGGACCCGGACACGCAGGCACCAUGGGACCACCCGGACACCCUGGACAUGUACACUCACGUUCCGGUUCACAGUCAAUGCCACGCGCUAAUCGUUACGCACGCAAGAAUAGCCAAGGCGGACAAUCGUCCAUUUAUACACCAGCACCGGAGUAUGAUGACCCAGCCAAUUGCGCCGAAGAAGAUCAAUAUCGUCGUUACACACGCGUCAACUCACAAGGCGGCAGUCUGUACUCUGGUCCCGGACCCGAAUAUGAUGAUCCCGCUAAUUGCGCACCCGAAGAGGAUCAAUAUGGAUCACAAUAUGGCGGUCCAUAUGGCACACCAUAUGAUCAUUAUGGCUCACGUGGCUCCAUGGGACGUCGUAGUGUUGGUUCUGCACGUAAUCCAGGUAAUGGCUCGCCAGAACCUCCACCACCACCACCACGCAACCACGACAUGAGCAACUCGUCGUUCAACGACUCCAAGGAGAGCAAUGAAAUCUCAGAAGCUGAAUGUGAUCGCGAUCAUGGACCACGCGGCAAUUAUGGUGCAGAAGACUCCAAUGAGGCUGUCAAAAGAUCCCCACUGCAAAAGGAUCAGCGUACAACUGAAGAAAUGCGCAAACUGAUUGAAAGUCGACGGCCAUUAAACGAAGCCGGUCCAAAACAACUCCAACAACAAAGUGGCGCAGGAUUCACAGCCUACGAUACUAUGGCAGUGUAAUUUGUAAACCGAUAGCUGUAGCAACAAGAACCAUCACCACAAUUUACUAGCACAACAACAACAACAACACAAUUAGAUGAAGAAUAAUGAAUGAAUGUAAAACCUCCCAAGCUCCACUAGUCAGAGUAGCUGCAGCAAAUGCAACGCAAAUACCAAAUAAUUUCUUUCAGUGGAUUAGUUGGUGCAUAGAGCAGAGUUAUGUAGCGUGUGAGCGUUCUACGUAGAGUAAGUGAGAUAGAGAGAGAGAACGUGAGUAAUAGCUAGCAAGAGUUAGCGAGCACAAGUAAACGGUAAUUUUGACGUAAACUCAAAGCUCUCAUAAUAGUUAGGGCAGCGUAAGGGAGAUAGGGAGCGCAUUGUAUACAUAAGUAAGAUAACAGGAGAGGAAGUGUGUGUGAGCGGGAAACGCACGGAACACGGGCGUCAUUUGUGCGAAAGAGACAAACAUAUAUAAUAAUAUCACAAGAGACAUCACAGUAAAUGUAAAUGAAGAACUAAAUAAUCGUAUAAGCAAAAAGGAAAAAAAAACACACACUCUCUCUUUUUUUUCUAUAAAAUUAAACACGUAACGAAUAAGUUAAUGAUGACGAAAAAGUUAUGCUGGAAAUUUUAAAGAAAAGAAAAAGAAAAGUUGCAGAGGAGUUGUAUAACGAAAUUUGAAAGAGAAAAAUAUUGCAUAACUACAUAAACAUACAUACAUACAUAUAUGAAACGUAUUUAUAUUAUACAAAAUAUGCUUAAAAUUAUAUUAUUAAUAUUACUACAACAAGAAAAAAACGAAUAAAUAUAUAUAUACAAAUAUUAUUAUUAUUAUUAAAUGUUCUAUGUGAAAAGAAACUGAUAAAAAAAAAUUAAAAUUAAAUUAAGCAAAGAACGCUGCAAGCACGUAAGAGAGCAAAGCGGCGUUUGAAAGAGAGUAAGAGCAUGCGAAACAACUACUUCAUUAAGACGAAAACACCAGUAAAAUAUUUUACAAACAACAACAGCAACAAAUACAAUGUAUAUUAUUUUUGUUUAUUUGCUGUGCGCAAAAAGAACAAAAAUAAAAAUAAAACAAAACCAAAUUUUACUUUAAAAAAACGCAAACAAAACAAAGUACUCGUACAUAUUAAAUGAUCAAGCAUUUAUUGUAAUAAACUAGUUGAAAAUGCAGUUGAGGGAAUGGAGAGAACAGUUGCAGCAAUAGCGUUUUUAUAAGCCAUACAUUUUUAUGUGUAAUUAAAUAAGUGAAAAUACAAACAAAGACAGCAAGAAUAAAAGUUUAAACAAUACACUACAGACAAAAGAAAAUUUUACAUACACACAAGAUAGACUAGCGGCAAGUGUAUAAUUUUCGUUUGCGCAAGCUAACGCAGAACUGUGUUCAUUUUGCGUAAUUUUUUAGAUAACCUAUUAAACGCUAUGCAUUGAACCUUUUUUUAUUAUAUUAUUACAUUUUAAAUUCCGUUAAAUAUGAAAUAAUAUAGUUUUAGCCAAGUUUGCGCAAACUAGGUUCCGCUAGUGCUUGCGCAAAUUUAAGUUUUGUGCUUUUUAAAUUUUUAAUACAUGCAUCUGUAAGUUUGUUUAUAUUGGUGUUAUAAAUAUAGAGUUUGUGCAAACGGUUUGCGCAAAUAUUUUUUUUAAAUCUUCAAAAUAAUUCAUAACUUCUUUUUAUUGCAACUAGCAAGUAAAAUAAAGCGAGUUCUUUUUAUAUCAAAUCUUUGCGGAAAUAAAUAAUCAGUUUUGGCUAAGCUUGUGCUAAUUAGCUCGGCAAGUGCUUGCGCCAACUUAAUGUUUAUGCCUUUUUAAAGUUUAUUGUUUACAUCGGUGUUUUAAAUUAAAGUUUGUGCGAACCGUUUGUGCAAAUUUUUUCUAAAACUUUCCAAAAAAAACAUAACUUUUUGUUAUUGCAGCUAGGAAGUAAAAUAAACUGAUUUCGAUUUUAUAACAAAUUUUUGCGCGUAUUCUUUCACAAAUAAUGAAAUUAAUAAUUUUCUUACAACAACAUUCAUUUCAUUUAAAGUUUGCGCAAAUGUUCAUAGAUUUUUUUAAAACAACAUUCACUUUGGUGACGUAACUAUAAGGUUUACGCAAGAUAUUAAUACUUUUUUUUGCCGCAAUUUUCACUUUGGUGACGUAACUAUAAGGUUUGCGCAAAAUGUUUUCGCAAACAUUUUCCCAAAAUUUUAUAUACUCAUUUCUAUACAAUUUUAUUCUGCUGUUUAGGUUUUGCAUUAUUUGCUUGCGCAACCAGUUGCUGCUGUUUACUGCUACAGCAAAAAUAAAAAAUUUCAACUAUUUUAAUAAUAAUAUUUUUAAUCAAAUUUUUAAAAAGCGUGCUUAGGUACGCAUAAUAAUAUUAUUUAUAUUUGCUAAGUUUAAAAUCUAUUUGCCAUUUUGCAAAGCAAUUUAUGUAAAUUUUAACUCACAUUAUUAUGAGCUUGCAUUUUUUAAAUUAAUAUUUACAUAUCUAAUUUUUUUUGCGUCAACAUGUAUUGCAUAUAUAAAACAAUAGCAAAACGCUGUUUGUGUCCUAUUAAAAUUAAGUUAGAAUUUAAAAAUGUCUAAAUUUAGUUGAAAAGUAUUUUUUUUAUUUAAAGAGAUUUGAGUUUUCAAGAAAAUUUGAAAUUUACGAUUUUUAAGUAAACAAAGAUUAUGCUGGCAUAUUGUCGCGGAGGGUAAAGUUUUGACAUUUCGAUUUAUAAUUAAAAAACAUUUUUUUUGGUUAUAACAAGUAAAAAAACUUAAUAAUAACUCACCAAGAAAUUCAAUCCUGAUUAUGAUUCAAGUUUGGUAAAAUAGUUGGCAAAAUUAAAUUUUAAAUACAAAGAAAAAAAUUUGAAAAUAUUUAGUUUUUGAAAUAUUUUUUUUUUUUAUUAAAUAAAUUUGCACGCGAUUUUCUAAUUUUUUAAUGUGUGAUAUAAGCUUUGUUUGCUAGUGUAAACAAGAAAGUCAUUAAUUCCUAAUAGUAAGUAAAUCUGUAAAGAUUAAUGAGUGAAAAAAUUUCAUAAGCAAAAUCUUUAAUGAAAAAUAUUUCCAGACUAUUUCUCUUUAACUACCAAAAGCAAUUCUGAUUACUCACUGCAGGUGCUUGGCUAUUAACUAAAAAUAAAAAUAUUUAAAAAAAAUUUAACACAAUUUUUUUAAAACAGAAGUUUUGAAAUUUCUAAUAUUUUAUACAUUAAAAAAUUACAUUACAAAACUGAGUGUUAAUUUAUAGACUAGAUUUUUUGAAGCUUACAUAUAUCAAAAAAACUAUAAAUUAUGAAGUUUUUUGAAAAUUGUAAAUUAUGAAAUUAAAAAAAAUUUAACUUAUGAAACUAAAAAAAAUUUAAAUUAAGAAAUUAAAAAAAAUUAAAUUAUGAAAUUUAAAAAAAAAAAUUUUAAAAAAUUUAUAUUACGAAAUUUUAUAAUUUUAAAAUUAAAAGAAUUUAAAUUAUGUAAUUAAAAAAAAAUACAAUUUUCAAACUUAACCAUUAAUUUUUUCAGCCGUACAGCUGCCAAGCACCUAAAAUUAAUUUUUGAAUUUUCACUGUAAAUUUCAUAAAUGCGCGAUCUACUAAACUACAAUUUAGAUCUUAAAAUGUUCUUCCAUUUUUUGAAAAAAAAAUGCAAAGCACCUAACUUUUUUGCAAAAGCUCAUAAUUUUUUAAGACUAUAUUUACUUUUGUAAACAUAAACCGCAUUGUUUAAGUAUCGAAAAAAGUUUCUGU